AUGCCAACCGAGGCCACCCCCAGCCCACGUGGUUCCGAUAGCCCCAAGGAAAAGAUCAACACCGGUGGUAAGAAUCCCGUGGACUUUGAUGCCACUGAAGUUACCCAGCCCGAUGGCGUCUUCUCAGAGGACUCGCCCUAUGAGGAAGUGCGAGCUGCUGUUCGCAACACCGAUGGCAAAGAGGUCGCAAACACUGUCAGGGCCUGGGUCUUGGGCAUGCUCUUCGUGACGAUUGGCGCCGCUCUCAACAUGUUCCUCAGCAUGAGGAGCCCUGCCAUCAACUUCCCUGCCCUGGUUGUCCAGUUGCUCGUCUACCCCCUCGGUUGUUUCUGGGCAAAGGUCGUGACUACGCGAGUCUUCAACACGUUUGGCGUACGCUGGACUCUCAACCCAGGCCCUUUUACAAUCAAGGAACACGUCGUUAUCACGCUUAUGUCCAAUGUGUCCAUCAGCUACACCUACAGCACCAACGCGCUGCUGGCGCUGCAGGGCAAGCCCUUCUACAACGUCAACCUCGGCUGGGGCUUUGCGCUGCUCUUCACUCUCAGCUCCCAGCUCAUCGGAAUAUCUCUAGCGGGCUUGUUCCGAAGAUUUCUCAUCUGGCCAGCCGCUAUGAUGUGGCCGAGCCAGUUUGCCAACACGUCCCUGUUCUAUGCUCUGCACGACAAGAGUAAGAGCGACGGCGCCCACUCCAACGGAUGGCUUAUCAGCCGGUAUCGUUGGUUCGGGAUUGUGACUGCCGGCAUGUUCUGCUACUACUGGAUCCCAGGAGUCCUAUGGCAGGGACUUUCGGUCUUUGCGUUUGUGACGUGGGCCAAGCCAAACAAUGUUGUUGUUAACCAGCUCUUUGGCGGCUUCACUGGGCUGUCACUCAUUCCCAUCACAUUUGACUGGACUUAUGUCACGGCGUACUUGGGUGAUCCCAUUUUAGCCCCGACAAAUUCCCACGUCAACACCCUCAUCGGACUCUUCUUCUUCGUCAUCAUCUCUUCAAUCGGAAUCGUAUACUCGGGCGCGCUCUAUUCAGAGUACCUGCCCAUUGUCACUUCGCAGACCUUUGACAACACCCAGGGCUAUUAUAACGUUAGCAAGAUCCUCGGAGACAGCUUCACCUUUGAUGAUGCCAAGUACAAGCAGUACUCGCCGCUCUUCCUGUCGCCCACUCUGGCGCUAAACUACGGUCUGUCGUUUGCGGCGCUGACUGCGGCAUUUGUCCAUAUCGGACUGUACCACGGCAAAGAAGUCUGGUACCGGUUCCGAGCGGCACGCAACCAAGAGCCAGACAUUCACAUGAAGUUGAUGAGAAACUACGUCGAAGCCCCCGACUGGUGGUAUCUCGCCCUAUUCCUUGUCUCGGUCGGGCUAGGGUUCGCCACCACCGAGGGCUACAACUCUCAGCUCCCAUGGUGGGCCUUCUUCGUCGCCAUCGUGAUUGCGCUCGUCUUCAUCAUCCCGACAACCAUGAUUCUGGCCGUCUCCAACAUCUUGCUCAGUCUGAACGUCGUCUCCCCGUUCCUCGCUGGAUUCAUGAUCCCGGGGCGCCCAAUUGGAGUCAUGAUCUUCAAAGUCUUCAGCACCAUCACGCUCGGCCAGGCUCAGACUUAUAGUGCUGAUCUCAAGAUGGCCCACUACAUGAAGGUUCCGCCUCGGGUCACCUUCUGGUGUCAAGUUGUAGCCACCAUCUGGGCCUCAUUCGUGCAGAUUGCCGUCAUGAACUGGACACUCGGCAACAUCGAGAACAUCUGCGACAACGAGCAGGCGGACCACUUCACCUGUCCCAACGGCAGGGCCUUCUUUUCGUCCAGCAUCGUCUGGGGAGUCAUUGGCCCACGUCGCAUGUUUGGCGAAGGAGGCAUGUAUUCCGUAUUCAAUUGGUUCUGGCUCAUCGGCGCUGGAUUCCCCAUCUUGUUGUAUGUCCUCACCAAGGUGCUAAAGUUCUCCUUCUUCCGUCACUUCCACGGACCCGUCAUGCUGGGUGCGAUGGCUUGGCUGCCUCCAGCUACGCCGCUGAGCUUCUCAACAUGGGCCAUCGUGGGACUCAUUGUCAACAAAUGGGUCCGCACCAAGUGGAAUGGCUGGUGGAAGACAUACGCCUACACGACUGCGGCAGCGUUGGAUGCCGGCCUGAUUAUCAGCACCAUUAUUAUCUUCUUUGCGAUUACGUUCCCGGGCGUGACGAUUCCACAAUGGUGGGGCAAUGUGGGUGUAUACAAUACCUUGGACGCGAGUUAUUCGGCUAUCUUAAAGACGGUUGGCGAAGGAGAGACGUUUGGUCCGAAGACUUGGUAG